AUGGACAAGUUUCGGAUGAUCUUCCAGUUCCUCCAGUCCAACCAGGAGUCCUUCAUGAACGGCAUCUGUGGGAUCAUGGCCCUCGCCAGCGCCCAACUGUACUCAGCCUUCGACUUCAACUGCCCCUGCCUGCCACGCUACAACCUGGCCUAUGGGCUGGGCGUCCUCCUGGUGCCCCCCCUCAUCCUGUUCCUGCUGGGCUUCGUGCUGAACAACAACGUGUCCAUGCUGGCGGAGGAGUGGAGGCGGCCCCGGGGCCGGCGGGGGAAGGAUGCGGCCGUGCUGCGCUACAUGUUCUGCUCCAUGGCGCAGCGCGCCAUGAUUGCCCCGGCUGUCUGGGUGUCGGUGACGCUGCUGGAUGGGAAGUGCAUCACGUGCGCCUUCUGCACCGCGCUGCCCGUGGGGGCCCUGGGCAACGCCAGCCACCCCGGGCUCUCCCAGGGGGAGGUGAAGCGGGUCCUGGCCCGCAUCCCCUGCAAGGAGAUCUACGAUGGGCAGGAGCUCGUCGCCAACGAAGUGGCCGUCAGGUACCUGCGGUGCAUCUCGCAGGCCCUGGGCUGGUGCUUCAUGCUGCUGAUGACCACACUGGCUUUCUUGGUCAGAUCCCUCCGGCCCUGCUUCACCCAAGCCGCCUUCCUGAAGAGCAGGUACUGGUCCCACUACAUCGACAUCGAGCGCAAGCUGUUCGACGAGACCUGCACCGAGCAUGCCAGGAGCUUUGCCAAGGUCUGCAUCCAGCAGUUCUUCCAGGGCAUGAGCACGGACAUGGAGACUGCUCACUGCCACCUGCCCAAAAAAAAACCCACAGAUGAUGGGGAAGCUUCCGAGAAGCUCUUGGGCAUCACUGACCAGGGUACCAUGAACACGGCCCUGAAAAGCUGGCACAGGUGUAAGCCCCCGUUGCACCUCCACCCAGAUGCCCCCCCCCGUGGCAACGGCUGGGCUGGGGAAGGGCAGCCCCCACUGCGGCCCCCCCCACAGCCCCCGGCACCUCGGAAGGAAAUGGCUGCCUACUACAGCCGGGUGUGAGCAG